ACGUCAAAAUGCCAGGCUUCGUGCAAGCGAGAAGCAGACCUUGCCGUUCUCUACUUCCGUGGUACUGUUACUGAUCUGUCACCAAAAUGACUAAGAAGAGGCGUAAUGGAGGACGCUGCAAGCACAACCGCGGCCAUGUGAAAGCCGUCCGCUGCACCAACUGCGCUCGUUGCGUGCCGAAGGAUAAGGCGAUCAAGAAGUUCGUCAUCCGCAACAUCGUGGAAGCGGCUGCCGUUCGGGACAUCUCCGACGCUUCGGUGUACAGCUCAUACGUACUGCCGAAACUGUAUGCCAAGCUGCACUACUGCGUGUCGUGCGCCAUCCACUCGAAGGUUGUCCGUAACCGUUCGAAGGAGACCCGUCGCAUCCGUACGCCUCCGCAGCGAUCCUUCCCGAAGGACAUGAACCGACAGCAAAACGCCCAGCGCAAGUAAGCGCCUGUCGCCGGGUCGAGUGUUCUUCCCUCCUUCGGACGUGUUCCCGACCAUCCCACACACACACACACCAUCUUAGCAACAACAACCGCUCUCGGGAACACAGGAACGGAGUGCGAAGGAAGGAUAGAGGAGAAGAUUGCUGGUUCGAUUAGGAUGGGAAUUGUUUUUUGGCGAUCCCGGACCUCGGGUGGUGGUUCAGGUUGUUGCAUUCGAGUUUCGUGUUUCUAUACAUUGUAAGAAGGGGGAACAGAGAAUGUGCUAAGAGGCGAGUGAAAUAUAAGCGAGCACCUCCGGUGCUGAAAGGAAUUCCAUCUAAUCGGAA